AUGCGCCCUCAUGUUGGAGCUCAUAGCAUGACCUUCCCUAGCAAGAACAUUGCUACCGCGCCUAACGCACCACUAGGACAGCCCCGUGUGCCGAAGUCAAUCCUGGAAGAUCAAGACAAGAAGCUGAAGCGGAACCUCGUCGAUGACGACAAAGCCGAGGACCGCGUGCACAAAAUCUCGCGAGGUGACAGCGAGACUGUGGCACCUCGAACUGGUCCCCCUCACGCACAAAGUGCAGCCGCUAUGCCUCCAUCUCAUGACCAAAUAGGCAAUAGAAACAAGAUUGUUUUGCCUCUUCGCACGAUCACAUCAGGGGAAGAAAAGCCCAAGCCAUUGCAGGAGCAGGGUUUGUAUGACCUUGAGCGUGCGUUUAUGGAGAGGGCAAGGAGCACCGUCCACCAUAGUGCUCAGUUCUGGGAAUGUCUCCUGAACUUUAUUUACGAGCUACGCCCAGUAGAAGGCGAGACUCCACCGGGCGGUGCAAGGCGAAUACAGGAUCUGAAGCACAGGUUUCUACGGAAAAUAGUGGAGGUCCGCUACAGGGCAAUAAUAGCCUUGACUGCUGAGGACGAAGACGAGACCUGUGACUUGAUCGAAAUCGCCACUUCGAUGCUGGCCAGCUCCGACCCGGACCAAGACCUUCUGCACACCAACGCCGCCAGCCUACAAGCAGACUGGUACCCUUCUCAGCUUGGGCGAAGUGACCGACCUAGGGCCACAAAGCGGGGUGAAUUCAAGCAGGACUUCCUGGUAGGGCAGUGGCUCAACCAAGAUAGGCUUACGAAAGAGACACUUGACAGGGAAAAGCGCUUGAAGGAGUCGCUGCUGGCGUACAGGCUGCAGGAUGAACAACUGGAAACACAAAUACAGAUACAGAGGGAGAAGCGCGCAAAAGAAGAAGAAGUCCGCAUGCAGAAAAAGCAAGUCCGGAAGCAGCGAAAAGAAGAGGAAGGAGACCAAGCAGAAAGGAUACGCAUAAAGGAUCUAGAGCAUCGAGACCUGGAGUGGGCAGAAACGUCGAAGACCCAAGACGAGGAAAAUGCAGCCGAAAGCAUCAUUAAGAAAGAGCGGUGGGAGGAAGAAGACAAGGAAGAGGGCGAAAAGCUUGAAACAUCCGGCAAAAGCCCCGAGAAGCCUCCACAGACUUCGCCAAACCGUGCUUCAAACUCAACUUCGAAGGCAAAUCAGCGACCGGACGAGUCUUCGCUUAACCCAUCUAGUAAACGCAAGUAUGGUGAGGAUGACCCUUCAGCAUCGACUGGUGGGCCAGUUUGCAAGAAGAGGCAGAUUCAUGGAGUCGGGAGUGGAGGUGUCAGUGGAAUCCGCUGA